AUGGCUAGCAAAAGAAAAUCCACAACUCCCUGCAUGAUACCAGUGAAAACACUGGUGCUUCAGGAGACUGAACCGGACGCUGGAGGAGAGGAUCGUGAAGGAUCACAGCAAGAUGCUCCUGCAGAAGGGCAGGCAGGUAGUGAUGCUGCUGCCAGUAACAGCAACAGUGGGGCUUUGUCCAACGGGCACCGUGGCGUUGCUGAUGGUGACACUUACAUCUGCAAGGCUUGUGACUUUGGAUCUCAAGACGUUCAUCUCUUCUUCGGGCACUUGGACUCGGAGCACUCGGACUUCAGCAAAGACCCCGCGUUUGCCUGCGUGGCGUGCAGCUUUCUGGCAAAUAGCCACGAGGGGCUCUCCCACCACAACGCAGAGUCCCACGCUGGUGAAACGAACCUCGUCUGGAGGGUGGCCAAGCAGGACAGUCGUACAACUGUGGAGCAAAGUCUCUGUGAGGACGCCAGCAGCCACGACCUUCCGGGAGAGGUCCCUGAGGAAGGGGUGGACGGCCAGUCUGAAAUUAUUAUUACCAAAACCCCCAUCAUGAAGAUCAUGAAAGGUAAACCAGAGGCCAAAAAAAUCCACACGCUGAAGGAGAACGUGUCGAGUCAGCUGGGCGGCGAGUCGGAGGGGAAAGAUGGAGAGCAUCCCUUCCCAAAUGGGCCCGUGCCGGCCAGCCAGCCCGCCGCGAGUUCGGCAAAAUCAUCUCACAUAGUGAACGGCUCCAUCAUAGGGAACGUGCCCGUUCUGCAGGCGGGUGUCGCACAGCUCGUGUCACUGCAGCAGCAACCUCCCUUGCAUCAGCAGCUCCCUACGUCCAAGUCCCUUCCCAAGGUGAUGAUCCCCCUGAGCAGCAUUCCGACGUACAAUGCCGCCAUGGACUCCAACAGCUUCCUCAAAAACUCCUUCCACAAGUUCCCUUACCCCACCAAAGCCGAGCUCUGCUACUUGACCGUGGUGACGAAGUACCCGGAAGAGCAACUGAAGAUCUGGUUCACGGCCCAGAGGUUGAAGCAGGGCAUCAGCUGGUCCCCGGAGGAGAUCGAGGACGCCAGGAAGAAGAUGUUCAACACGGUGAUUCAGUCUGUGCCACAACCCACCAUUACGGUUUUGAACACGCCGCUGGUCGCCAAUCCCGGCACCGUCCCCCAUCUGAUCCAGGCGACUUUACCAGGCCACGUGGUGGGCCAGCCGGCGGGGCCGGGGGGGCU